CGACGACGUAGAGGUGGGAAAAUGAAGCCGGAUCAAUUCUAGGCCCGAAGCUUGCUUUGAACACUGGGUGAAGACGUUUCGCUGAGGAUACCAGCCUCGCCCAUAUUCCAGGAGAAUCAUCAGAGUUGGUGCCGGCUCACCACGCAACGAUCCGAGAGGCCGCGUCAUCUGGCGAGGUGUCGACCUCAUAUAAUACAUCUUCGAAGCCCUCAGUCAAAAAAGACGGCAAUAUCUGCAUGUUAAUCCACUGAAACCAACUGUACAUUCAGCCUAACGAUGAAAGUAAUCGUCACCGGUACGACUGGCUAUAUCGGCCAACAAGUCCUCGCUCGCUGCGUCGUGGACCCUAGGAUCACCUCGAUCAUCGCUCUCAGUCGUCGACCCUUGCCGCAAUACGACCACGAACCCAGAGUGACCGUUCAGAUCGUCCCCGAUUUUGCCCACUUCGACGAUGAUAUGAUCCAGACCUGGAAGUCUGCCGGAGCGUGUCUCUGGUGCCUAGGACUAGCCAUGCCUCCAACCCCCGAAAUCGCCCACCUGCUCGCCUUUACCUACCCACAAGCGUUCUUGGACACCUUUGCACGCAUAUCUACUGAGAAGGAUCUCCUCGGGUUCAAGUUUGUCUCUCUUAGCGGAGCGCUUGUGGAGAAGGAUCAGUCCCGGUCGCUCUGGUUCUUGGAUCAAGAGCGGAAAGUCCGGGGUCAGAACGAGCUCCGGGUUCUCACCGAUACCUUUUCCCACCCACUCAUCCCGUCCGUGGUCGUUCGGCCGGGUGUGGUCCUUACUUCGUCUUUGACUUCCAACAUCAUCGGCCUUGUCGGCCCUGCUAUACAGAACGCUGUACUAGCGGCUGCUAUCGUCGAUAUCGGGAUCGCCGGCAUAGAGAGAGAUGAAACGGUCGAGUGGCAAGGACGAUGUGUGGAGAAUGUCGAGCUUGUGCGGCGAGGCAAGGCUGUUUUGAGACGGUGAUAGGUAUCCAGGCUGCUUGAGUUCGCAACUCGGGAUUCCAUAUGACGAGCUUUCAUGUGCCCGUUUGUACGACCUCAUGUUUGAACACCUCGGAACGCCGAUAAUAUAAGCAUUAUGCGGACUUUCCGGCUGUCUGCCACCGCUUUACGAUCUUUCUGCUGUGUCACAUUCUGUAUCCACCUUACGCCGACCAAUGAUAGCGAAAAGCUCAGCAUGUGCGGAUAGGU